UGAGACGUUGAUACAUCAUAGUUCGUAUAUAUAAGAGUUAUACUGAUUUGGUGUAUCAUCAGUAUCAGUAUCAACUAUCACACUUCCUUUACACAGUCAUCUUCUUUUUCUCUCUCUCUUGCUCUGAUGCGCAGACACUGCUCUCACAAAGUCACAUGACUGCCCUGUAACCACGUAUACGACUCCUUAAAAAUUAUAACGACGAAACAAGAAAAUAAAAGCAGACGUCUCUCUCUCUCUCUCUCUUUCUCUGUCUCGCUGCAAAAGCUUAACAGUUACUGUUGCGUCAUGCCAUUUUCAGUACUGCAGCGCCAUUAAACAAAGUCAUCCUUUUCCACCUCUUGCCCUUUUCAUCUUCUCUUUCUCGCCCUAUAACGGAGCAGAAGUCUUCUACUGCAGUCCAUAACGUCCCGGUUUCAUCUUCUGCUCUGGCUCUCCCAACCAUGGAAGCUUUUAGUUUGCUCAAGUACUGGAGAGGAGGUGGAGUCACCGGAAACAAUGCACGCACUUUACCUGGUACCACCACCAUAGUCGAAGCCGUAAAGCAACCGGCGGUAGAAACGGACGACGAUGAUGAUGACGAUGGGUCCUUCUUUGACUUGGAGUUUAUGCCCGACGACGAUGACGGUGAAGGGGAAGAUGACCACGGGAGCGACGAAGAGGUUGAUAGCAACAGCGGAGUUGACGAGGAAGAUGACGGAGAUUCCUCGACGGGAACCGAUGGAGAGAGAGAGUUCAACUUCACGGUGUCUUCUGGGUCGAGCGGUGGCAAGACAGACCCGAAUCUCUCGCUCUCCCCUUCCGAUGAUCUCUUCUUCAAAGGAAGGCUUGUGCCUUUUGAGCCAUCAUCCCUUGACUUCAACCCUUCUGAGCCCAACUCAAAGUCUCAGUUCCCUGUUUCCUUGUUGAAAUCUGCUACAAAGUUCCGGGUCUUCACGUUGGGGUUCAGGAAGCCCAAAUCGACGACAUCUGAGAAGUCGGAAUCAAGCGUUACAGCUGCGGCUGCUCCGAAACAAAAUCAGCUACCGCAGACUAAGCAGCAUCGGCAAGGAAAAUUUCUCACAGUGAAAUUGAAGGUCGAAGAGGUUCCGAUCGCUUCUCUGUUUACCAGAGACAACAGUUCAAGAAGCUCUGGAAACAAACUUCAGAAGCAGAACUCCGACGAAGCGGUUACGGAUGACAAGAGGUUUUCGAAGGAUGUGGUGCAGAAGUAUCUGAAGAUGAUCAAGCCCCUCUACGUAAAGGUUUCAAGGAGGUAUGGGGAGAAGCUGAAGUUUUCUGGACAGUUGAGCUUGGGGUUAGGGAAGGCAACACCGGCACCUGUUCCUGCUCCGGCGCCGACGAUUUCGCCAGUGUCCUCUCCAAAAACAACUAAGAACAACCAAGGAGAAGCAGAGGAGACCGAAGCACAGUGUAGCUUUCGGAGCCAGAAACAGGGGAGUUUGCCGGCGGGGUUGCGUGUGGUGUGUAAGCAUUUAGGAAAGAGCAGGUCCGCCUCUUCGGCUGUGGCUGCGGCGCCUACAUUGCCGGUUCAGUCCAGUAGACGUGAUGAUUCAUUGUUGCAGCAGCAAGACGGGAUCCAGGGUGCUAUUUUGCACUGCAAAAGAUCGUUUAAUGCUAAAAGAGACUUAGAGAUCUCUAUGUUGUCGCGGUGUACGAGCGAUCCAUCUCACGAGAAAUCAAUUAGUUCGUGUAGAAAUUCUUCGGAUCUCUCUAACGAGAAAGCAAUUAGUUCGUAUAGGAUUUCUUCGGAAGAGGGAAGCGUUGCUCACGCUCGCAUUUGAAGAUAUUGUCGAUGACCUGAUAUUCGAGUUUUCUACUAGUGCUGAAAGAGAAGCAAGAAUUAGAUCUGUGAAUGCCAUGUUUAGUAUUUCUGUUUUCUGUUUUUGUAAAAAGAGGAAGUAAAAAAUUUAGGAGACGAGAGUUGUGACUUGUUAGCGUAUUAGGGAUGGUCCGAUAGAGGAGUACCAGUUAGUAGAUGAUCAACCUUACUCGUCUGCCUGUAAAGGAUGCAAUCUGCAAUAGCACAAUCUGUCUUGUUAGAUUAGAUCUUCAAAUGUGUUCGAUGAAAUGACUCGGUGAAAAUCAUCUUCGACGUCAAGUAACCUACCUGUA